AUUGAAGUAGUAGUAGUUGUCGUCUCAUGAAGUUGCUCGUCUUUACGCGUGUUCAACAAAAAGAUUUUUUAUAAAAAAAAUUAAAAAUUUGGCAAAAAUAUCAUGAAAUAUAUGUUUUGAAUAUGCCAUAAAAUAUGGAAAAAUUAUGAAAAUUUACAGGAAAUAAAAUGCAGUGAAAUUUCAAACAAAAAAUGUGCGAAGUCUCGAAAAAAAAAUUUCAAUGAAAUAAAUAUUGCAAAAAAAUCCCCAAAAAUUUACAUGAAUUGUUUUAUCAAAUCCCGAGAGGCGAGCAACAAAUAAGCUUGACAUUAUCGUUGGGUUUUCCGUAGCAAAAUCAACGUAAUAUUUAAUUUCUCCUAAAAAAACUAUCAUUUUUUUUUAUUCAAUCGCAAUCACACUUAUCUCGUCUUAAUUCUCUUGCUCAAUUUAUUGUUGUUGUAUGUACGCGAUUGUUGUUUUUGUGGUGGCGCUGCUGCUCUAUUGUACUUCUUAACUUUUAAUUUACUGCCCCCCUUUUCGGUCAAUCUGUCUCUCUGUCUGUCUGUCCGUCGGUCUGCCUUACAAAACGAACGAAACACAAAAAAGACAACACAUCGCCAUUCAUUUACUCUCCCAAUAAUAGGCACACAGGCUUGAAUCGUCAUCAUCUGCUCUUCACAGUGGGAAAAAAAUCUACAUGGUCUCUUUCUUGUUGUUGUGUAUGGUAUAGUAGUGUUUGUAUUUUUUUCGUUGCUGUAAUUUUCCUAUUUUUUCGCCACACAUUUUGUUGUUGUUCUUAUGCCCAGCCGACCAACCGAUUAUGUGAGUGCCGGCGCGCUCUUCUAAUGCUUUAACAACUCGCAAUAAAACAGUGAAAAAGAAACGGCAAAAAAUCCCCUUUUUUGCUUCUUCAAUAGAAAAAAAUAUACAUAUCAUAUCACCCACCACCACACCACCAUCAUAGCCAUCCUCCCGGCCUCCACCUACUGCUCUCAAAACCACCCAAACAAUUCUUUGACACUCACUCGCUGACAAACCAGCAAUAGCAACAAUAUAACUUAAGGCAGCAGCUGCGACAACAACAACAAUAAGCAAGAGAAACAACAAUAACAUUUGUCGUCUUCGUUAUCAUUCGUGUAUAUGCAGCGAAAUCCAACGUCGGCGUUGUCGUUACCGUCUCUGCCGUUACAAUUGUGUUUGCAGCGAGAGAGCAAAACAAAUCAUUAGAUUUUUCCUACACCGUCGCCGUUAUCGUUGGUCGUCGUGUGGUUGCCAACGUCAUUGGCGUUGCCGUCUUCUUGUUGGCAGUCAGUGGUAUUGUGGCUCUAAUAAAAAUGGAAAUCCCAUAAAAUAAGGCAAAAUAAAGAAAAAAUUAUACAUACAUACAUGCCUAUGAUCUAUAAGCACACACACAUACGUACCCAUAGCACUGUCGUGUGUUGCACUAGAUAACCAUUUGAAUAUAUAUUUGGCGCUCAACAAUCCCAACAUGGCCUACCUGUAAUCAAUUAAAUAAUAGUUUGAAAAGUUAAGUGUUUUAUACACGUACAAACAUGCAGUAAACUUCAUGCUAUAUGUACAUAUAAAACAUCAAAUUAUCAAAUAACAAGAAAGCAGUUGCGGUUUUCAACACUCAACACAGGCGAGAAGAAAAUUCAAUUAAAACAAAAUUACCAUAAAAAUUGUAUGCGAAAAAACGUAAAAGUUUCCCUUGUACACUACAGAUGAUGUUGAAGAUGAUGAUGAUGAUAUACAACAUUCUACCAAGCUAACAACCAAAAAAAACAAAAAAGAAAAAUUUAAAACACACACAAACAAGACAGUAAAUAGUUGCCUAAAAAUAAUAAGCAAUAAAUAUAAGAACAUAAGUAUAAAAAAAAACCAACAAUAAAAUAACAGCAAACUGAACAAAAACCGGAAUGCAGUAAAGAAAAGUUAACUUCAUAAAGGAAAAACCCCCCCUCCCACACAAAUAUUAAUAACUACUUAAAUUAAAAUAAAGAAAAAAAAAACAGAAAAAUCAACAUACAUAUAUUUUAUUAAAAUUUAGAAAAACAAACCAGACAAUUAUAUAUAUAUGUCAGAUUCAUAUUGUAGCUAAAGUAGACUUGCAUUACUACAUACAUACAUGUUACUCGCUACAUUUUUAAGUAAUUUAAUAAUAACAAGUUAUAUUAAUACACAAUUUAACCAAGUGCUUACUUAACAUUAAGGAAUAUUAUAUAUACAUUCAUAUAUAUAUAUAUAUAUAAAACAAAUAUACUAAUAGAUAUACCAUAUAUAUAUACAAUACAGUACUAAUAUACAUACAUAAAAAAAGUAUUGAAAAAUCAAAAAUAUCAAAACUAUAGAUCGCCUGUUUAUUCUUAAUUUUGUAAUAGAUUAUUUACUGCGAGCAAUUAUUUGUUUUUGUGUGUAUGCUUUCGAAACAAAUCAAAGGCUUUUUACUGUAACAUUUGCAAGUUCUAUAUUAUGAUUUAAUAGACAAAAGAAUAAAUAAUAAAAAACAAAAUUGAAUUGUGAAAAAUAUUCUUAAAAUUAUAACAACUAUAUAUAUAUAGUGAAAAGUCAAUCAAUGCUUAUCUUCAAAAUAAUUGAAAAUAAAAUCAAAUAAUUAAUGCAACAAAAAGGAAAAAAACAAAACAAAACUUAACAAUUGUAUAACAAACCUUAUUAGUAGGAGAUGUAUGGCAUAAUUUCUUACAAAAAAAUAAAACUUAGUUGUUAAUCCAUAAAGAAAAAUUGGCAACUCGCUGCAAGCUUUUUUUUAUACUAACUGACAAAUCACAAUCAAUGAAAGCUUUAGUAAAGAAAAACUUGAAAACUCCAAAACGUAGAACUACCUACUCAAAUCAAAUGACAAUUUGUCAAAACAACAAUUAUUAGCUCUUAUGCCCUAAAAAGCUUUCAAUAAAAAAGCAAAACAAACAAAUACUACAUACCAAAUCGAAAGUUUACUCCGUAAAAAAAAAAUUCCUAAAAAGAAAAACUUAAGGCAUAACUUUUGCAAGUAAUGCUGUACCAAACAACAACAACAACUAAAACUCUAAUGCGAUUUUGUUUUUGCCAAUGGGCAUUAAUCUCUUCAACGAAAAUCCUUAACCCAACAUUUUCUUUGUGAACCAAUCAAAAAUUAACCCAAACCAAACCUCACCAAAUCAAAGUUCUGCAUCCAACAAACAACUAACUCAACACCAAGCAACUACUCCAAAAACCAAAUCAAGCAACCAACCACCAAGCAACAACAUCAACAAUGUCGAUUUGUUGUCAAAGUUAUUGGUAAAGCAAAGUUUACUGAAAAAGCCAAAUGCAAUGGAUAUGAAGAAACUAUCAAAACCACGAAUGGAUGACUAUGAAUAUGAGCGCAGACAACGAAGAGAACGUGAAAAAUCGGAAAGGCAGCAGGUGCAAACAUCAUCAUCAUCCAAUCGCGAGGUAGCACUUUUUCCUGAACCCCGACGCGUAAAUCCAUCUGAAGAUGACGACGACAUUGCCGCUAAAUUGGGUGACUAUUCCAAAGUCAAGGAAUACAUUAAUCUUUAUACCGUGGGUUUCAAUUCGGCUCACCGGCACAUGCCCGCCAAUGCGGUGCUUCCGGGCAUCGUGCCAACAAGUCCGGCAUCAUCUGCAGUUGGUGCAACUUCAUCGUCAAUGGCACCAAUAACAGCAUCCUCGUCAUCACGACUGCUUCCGCCACCACUUUCGUCGCAAUCACAACAACCCCCACAUCACUACCAACAGCAUCAACAGCAAUUAAGACAAGCGCCUUAUGUUAAACAGGCUGAUAACAAACCUCCAUACAAUGGACGUGGUGGGUAUCCUGGACAACCCGUAAACCGCUCAAGUAGUGGUAUGGCACCACCCAAAGGACCACCGGGUUCUUCAAGUUCCCUAUUGCCACCAGCAACAACACAUAUGCCAAAUGGACGUCAAACGUCAUCAUCAUCAUCGUCAGCGAAUGAAAAAUCAUAUCUAGGGCCGCCAGCGGCCACGACGCACAAUGGUCGAUUUUCACAACCUUCUGUACCAAAACAACGCCAAAAACCUGCAUUUCCACAUGAGGAGAAUGACAUCAAAGAAAUUAUCAAUCAUGUCACGAAUAAAUUUCGUCCUCCAACUAUGCUUACUGGAAUCGAUGCCACACCGCACAAUACUCUAAUGGAAAACUAUAAUCUCAAUGAGCCGAAUAAACACAAGUACAGCUUUGAUAUAUCGGCCAAAGGAAAUAUGAUUGAGCCAUUAUUGGAUUCACCGCCGCACAUCGAAAUGCCAGCACCAAGACGUGUGCCUCCCUUAUUGUCAGCAGCGCCAUCAGCAACACAGAUGCCUUCUACACAAUCUGCCUCUAGUAAUUCUAACUCCUCCUCGUCCGCCUCUUCCUGCUCAUCGAUGUCGAUGCCAACGUCCUCUAGCACUUAUAUAGCUCCACUUCCACCUGCCAAUGCCUCUGCAUUAGUCUCAACCAAUAGUAAUGCGAUAUCUACCUCCUCUUCCUCUGGGCAGUCUUCAAUGUUGUUGUCAUCCAUGAAUAAUUCUGCCAUAACAUCAUCACCUACAGUGCCACUUUCGCCUUUAUUGGGCCGACCUAAGGAUACCGGUUUUCUUAAGCCAUUCAAAUCCGAAAAGCCAACACCCCCACCUUUAGAAAGACAAAAUAAUACUGUGGCGAAUGAUUUAGAACUAUCGGAGUCCGAUGAUGAUCGGGUAAAACAAAAUCGUUCGGCUGUAAAUAGUAGUGAUAGUUCUCCUUCCGACUCGAGCGAAUCGGGUAGCGAAUCUUCGAAAAGUGAGAACAAUCAACCGGUUCCCCAAACGGCACAGCAUCAUCUACAGCAACAACAAAUGACAAGUGCACUCGGACCUAAAAAGAAAAUUGGUGGACCAGGAAGUGCGACAGGCAGUAGCAGUUCAUCAGGUUUAGGUUCUUCAGCACCACCCUCUGGUGGUUCAUCAUCAUCGUCCUCUAACAAAACUCCUUCGCCAUCGAAUACAACUAAGUGGCAGCUGAGUACGUAUUUCAAUAAGGCUCCCCUGCAUCAAACUCCAACGCAAGAUGUUGUUUCUCCCUCCACGACUUCGGUGGUAAAUUCUGUAAACUCUAUGAAUGUGGCCAAUAUUAAUAUGCCCAUAACAUUGCGUGGAGGUGCUCAAAUAAUACCCGAACCACCACAGCAGUUGACAAAUAUAAAAAAUGAAUCUAUGCUCGACGAAAAUGAGGAGGAUGUUGACGAUGUCGAAAGUCGUUCUUUUAGAAGGUCAAGGUCAACCAAAAAGGAUGCUGGCAAAAAUGAAUCAUUCCCUCAUCCGGGUCUGGCAGCAACAACGGCAGCUUUCCCAACUCGAAAAACUCCUGCAAGCCUGUCGGUUACUCCCCUAUCGCCUAUGCUGACUGACAUUAAGAAGGAAGCUUCCACUCCCCAUCCCAGUUUGGUGAUGGGUUCUAACCAGCAACAGAUGAAUGAUUAUUUGGCAAUGUCCUCGAACCAAAUUAAACAUGAAACCUUGGUUAUAGCUGGAGGUCAUACAACAGUUACAUCCUAUGGCGUUGAGAGGUUUAGCAACCUUUCAUCCGACAGCAAUAUUAGUGACGAAGGAACGAGAGAACGCUUGCCUGUACGUGGCCCAGGAGGUACAUUGCAGAUUUCCGGUGUUCCUGCGACUAUCACUGCUUUACCGCGUUCUCCGCCAAUAGUGCAGAAGGCUCCCAUACCAAAUACCGUAACAAUGAUACCUAUAGGUCCACUACCUUCCUCGCCUCCCUCUGUGGUUGGCGGCAGGUCCCUUGGUUCUGCCCAACCUACACCGACAAGAGCCAAAAAACCUCGCAAGAAACCGAAACAGACACAAAGGACGAUUAUGGCACCGGAUACUAGCGAUGAAGAGCAGGAAGAUAUGGGAAAACAACGACUUGCUUCUCCUACAGUGGCUAAAACUAUGACUACUCCUGGUGGUACAAAGAAGGGAAGAGGGCGGCCGCGAAAGACUCCGAAUCAAAGUGGAAACUUGAGCUCAGCCUCAUCCGCCUCCACAUCGGCCAAAGGACCAACACUAACCGCCAAAAAAGAUAUCAACAAGAAACCAUCACCUGCCUCAACUACAACGCCUUCGAAAGAAACUUCGGCCACAGCCCGAAGAAGAAUGUCAAGACUUAGUUCUACGGUGCAAGACACGCCAACACCCAUAACUACGACACCAGUAAAGCCAAUUCCUAUUGUAGCAGCAGCUAAAAUUGUGCCACCGACUCACAUAACAUCACAGUCUAAUGAAACGAUGUUGAACACAAGCGACGAUUCUAGUUCAUCAUCGGAUUCUUCAUCAUAUUCUAAUUCGAAGUCAUCCUCAUCGUCAUCGGAUUCAGAAGCGGAGGGCACCAAAAACAAUGCCACCCUUGGCCCUAUAGCAUCUUCAUCAUCUGAUGAUAACGAUGAGAUGAUAGGUUCAAAGUCAGCAGCCGCCGCACAGAACCAAAAACAAAGUGAUCCUAAAACAACCAUUGUGGCCCCAAAACGCAUUGUAAAGAUCUUCAAGUCUUCACUUGAAGAUCUGUCCACAGCGUCAUCGACAAAAGCCAACAACAUAUGUUUAUCUUCAUCGUCUUCUUCUGAAUCGUCGGCUGACGAUUUUCGUACCACUUCAAGUUUCAACAACAACAAUCAGCAAGUGGUAUCGGUGACGUCUACGGUCGCCGCCGCUGGCAAUACUGGUGGAGGUGGAAGUUCUUCACAGCGAUCGGUGAAUCAGCAGUCACCCUAUAAAGUUUCCAGUACUUUGUCAAGUCGAAGUCGCAAACACACUCCAUGUUCGAGUGCCUUUUCUUCUGAGUCGAGUGGAGAGGAUAAUUCCGAUUCAGAUUUGGGAGAGGCCAAUAAAGAAACGAAUCUUAAACGUGAUAAGCCCAAAAGUGAUAAAAACAAAAUUAGUACACUGACCCGUAUCUUCAAAACUUCCAAUGAAGGUGGAGCCAAGAAACAGGGUCAAGUCGUUAUUGUGGAUCAAUCUGAGGAACAACAACAGCAGCAACAACAGAAGCAUAUUUCGCCAGCCCUAAGAAGUUCACAAGAAAAUUUGGCAUCAGCACACACACCCUUGCAGAGCACUUCUACUUCUCACUCGCCACGUUUGACGCCUGGUGGCCAUUUGAGAUCACCCAGAUCUUUACCAAUGCAGCCUUUGGCUAAUCAGGUCUUGACCGCAGGUUGUAUGAUGGCCGCAGCGUCACAUCGCACCCCGGACCGAGCGCCGUUUGAUCGUGUUACCACAAGUGCGGAAAGGAAAUUACAACAACGUAUAAAAACCCCAACGAGAACGCCGACACGAACACCUCCAACUACAAGGACACCAACACCCACUCCCUCGGCAGCGGUUGCUGCUGCAGCUGCCAACUCAACAGCCAGUUCAGUGGCGAAUCCUCCAUCCGUUUCUCCAGUUGCAGCUACGGCGGCAGCUACCGCAUUGCCAGCACGUUUGCCCUCGUCGUUGAUAUGUAAAAUUGAUCUCUCCCGUUUGUUACCCAUACCAGUAGAAUGGCAUGCGAAUACUUAUCGUUUAUAUGGCGGUCAGGGCCAAUGUGGCCAACAAUUGACACCUGCCAGCGCUGGACGCACACCAAUAUACGAUCAUGAGACAAUACUCAAUGCUGAUCUGCAAUCAUGUAAUUCACAGAUGCGUUUAAAAUCCUCAGCCGGUGGUGGCUGCACUGGAAGCGGUGGCAGUGGUAAUGCCACACCCAAAAGUACUGGGAAUCGUACUCCACUGCAAACAAUUUCUAACGCAUCGGAAAGAGAACUUUCACACUCGCGAGAGAGUUUGCAUGAAAUAUCCAAAGACAUCGUUAACCCAGGACGUUUGAGUAGUCGAUCUACAGAUGGCAGCAUUGGUGGAGGUGGUUCCACCCCAAAAGAUCUAAGCGCACAUUUACCACCUCCUGGUCCACCAAAUGGUUACAGCUCGGCAGCAGCUAUGGCGAGGGGUUAUGCCUCUCCCAGUGCACUCAUGAGCGGAAAAUUGGGUUUAUCCGGAGUGAAACACGAACAAAUAAUCAAACACGAACCAGACGCACCCGAAUACAACACCGCUAAUUGUAAUGAGACAAAAUUCAAAACCGAUGCCACUUCCACAGACCCAUCACUUAUCAAACAAGAACUGCUAAUACUCAAACAGGACUUCAAACCCAGUGAUCUGAUGAAUAUAACUGAUAAGGCCACUGCGUUGUGUUCACCAAAGGACCAAAUGCAGUUGGUAGAUGCUAAACCGCGGCGUAAACGUAGUUCCAGUUCUAGUUCAAGUCCUUACAAAGAAAAGAAACGGAAAAGGGAAAAGGAGAGAGAUAAAGAUAAGGAUAGAGAUAAAGAUAAAGACAGAGACAGAGAGAAGGACAAAGAAAGGGAAAAGGAGAAGGAGCGAGAAAAGGACAAGGAAAUGCUUGUGUUGGACAAAGAUAAGGCUAUGGUUACCGAUUCCUUUAAACCCGCAAAGGAUUCUCUAGAUACUGAAAUGAUAAAUGCAAACGGACAAACACAGAAAGAGGAUAUUCAUAUGAUGAAUCAACAAUUUCCUCCCACUAAUCAUGAGCGGUUACUACCGGAGAAGCCAAUGCUGCAGCCGCAGGAACAACACGAAAAAUCAAAUAGCAACAAUAAUAACAAUAUAUGCAGUAAUAAUAACAACAACAGCACCAACUCAACAUGUAAUGUUUCCAACACUGCCAGUCCUGCGCAUUUACAAAGUAGUAACACAUUAACGACGACCACAACAACCACAACGGCAGUACUACCAUCGCCAUCAUCACAACCUACCACAAUCAUGCCUCCUCCAUCAAAUGUGGGACUAAUCUCAGCCAUCACAACACCAGCACCACCAACAUUAAUAACUGCAGCUUCGGUAGCACCACAGGCAGCAGCAAUGCCAUUGGCACCACCAAUUAACACCACCUCUAACGCAAGUAGUUCCAUUUAUCCGCCAACUUCGUUUGCUCCUGCCGCUAUUACGUCGGGAGGAGCCACGGCGGGAACCUGUAAUGUUGCAGUGCCACCAACACCUCAAGUUGUGUACCGUUACCGUUCCUAUUUCGAACGAGAUGAUGAUGCUAUAAGCGAUGAAUUCAGCAAAGACAAGGAUAAUAACAAAUUUCUGCAAGAGGCCAUACAAAGAAAACAUGCAGCAGAUCGGGAGCAGAAUACAUUUAAUCAAGUAGCUUUGUAUCUGGAAGCGGUAGUCUAUUUUCUGUUAACAGGGGCAGCCAUGGAACAACACGGCCGCUUUGAAGAUCCAGCCUGGACUAUAUACAAGGACACAUUGUCAUUGAUUAAAUUCAUUUCCUCGAAAUUUCGACAUUUGCAAAUGUCGUCAGCAAGUCAACAUGAAACCCAUAACAAAGUUGCUAUAUUAAGUCUCCGCUGCCAGUCUUUGAUCUCUCUAAAGUUGUAUAAACUCAAAAGAGGGUUCUGCCGCCAAGUCAAUAAUGUUUGUACGGAAUUCUUCAAAUCCGGUAAAGGUGAUAUAAUUAAUGGCAACACACCAUCAUCAAUAUCUCCAUCUAACUCGGUAGGUUCACAGGGUUCUGGUUCGAAUACACCACCCGGUAAAAUAGUGCCUCAAGAUAUACACUCAGCUUUACAUCAGCAAAAUCAGUUUUUCAAUUAUUUAGCCAGUAGUCAUGAAUUAUGGGAUCAAGCCGAUCGUUUAGUGAGACAAGGCAAUCAUACAGAUUUCUUUAUUGCUUUGGAUCAUGAAAAUGGUCCAUUGACAUUGCACAGCAACGUCUAUGAAGUUUUUCGUUAUGUUCAAGCUGGUUUGAAGAAACUCAAAGAUGAAAUGCUUAUACAAUAAUAACAACAACCAACAACAAUUUACUUUAUAAGAACAACAUCAAUGCUUAUUUUUUGUUUAUGCUAGACUAAAAAAAGAAACCCUCCCCAAAUUCCUCCCAAAAUUUUAAACUAGAAAUGGGACAAAUUAUAGAAUACAUCACUUUUUGUCGGCAAACAGCAUCAGAGUUUUUGUUUAAAGGAAUGGUACCCAUUU